GUAUUUGUAGGAAGAGAAGUACUAGUUAGUUAAUUAAAUCUUUUUUUAAUUAUUUUCUAUCGUUAUUAUUCUUGGCUUGAUAUACAUAUAUUUUUUCUUAGCAUCACUGGACAAACAUUACAAACUCUCUUGUUUUAUGAUGUGUCUAUUUUUGCAUUCUACCCCCUUGUGUAAAUUGAGACGAUUGUUGAUACUGCUGUUCAUAUACUAUAUUGUUUUAAUGUUUAACUUGUCAUCAGGUCGGGGUUUAUUUUUACUGUUGAAAUUAUUGUAUUUGAUGGUUACAUUGAUGGUGGUGGUGGUCGUCGUAGUUGUAGGGUGGUCAAGUUGAUGAUCCUUAAAAUAAAGAGUAAAUAAUUUUUUUUAAAGUAGACACUAUGGACAAUAGUUUCCAGUCGUUCUCUCUCUCUACUCUCAUACUCUCACGAAUACAAAUGUUAUUUCACAUACACACACAAGUACAUAUUAUACAUAUCUCUAUGUACAAUUGUAUACACGCGCAGAAAAUGAUAUGAGCUCAAAUUUAUGAUUAAUAUAAUUGCCCAAUGAGGUUAGUGAUAGAUUGGUUAGUUCAGAUCAUAUAUAUUUUUUUUACUUAAAUAUGUCCUUAUUUUACCGGUCAUCAGUAUUUACUUUUCUAUGUAUGUGUGUUUAUUAACAUGUUAGUAUUAUCCACAUGCGGUAUAAACAUUGUUAUUUUUAAAAUUGACGUGUACAGUACUAUAAAUGAUCAAAAAAACUUAUCAGAUAUGGUGCUUUAUCUAUAUUCAAAUGUAUGCUCACUACAUACACCACCUUAGAACCGCAAAUUAUUUCAUUUUCAUUCUUUAUAUAUAAAUAAUCGUCCUCUUAUUUGCAUGUUUGUAUGUAGAUGCGUGUUUAUGUGCACGUUUCUAUGUUUCACUUAAAUAUUAAGUUCCCCCGUGUUUCAGUCUUUUUAAAGUUUAUAUUAUAUGUACAUUCAAUUUUAAUUUUUUGGUCAUUAUGUCCAUAGGUCAUAUAGAAAUAAUGUAUGUGUGUGAAGAAGAAUAUGAAAUACGUCACUAUAUAUAUAUAAAUAGAUAUAUGUGAACCUUCUUAUUGCCUUAGUCCAUUUCAGUCAACCACACCACCACCAACCAUAUCUUACCAACAACCGAUUCUUUCCAAUACGAUUAUGGUUAUUAAUUUACUAUUUGUCAUAGUUCUCAGUUGUAAUUUAAUCUGAACACUGAAAGGACGAUAAAUUCAUCUUAUGUUCAGAAGGUGGAUAUAAUAUAAAUUACUAUUGUCAAUGCUAAUAGUAGUAUUACAAUCCGUGUAGUGAGUGGAAUAUAUAAAAAAACAAGGAUACGAAAAAACUCCGUUUAUCUUUAUAAAAAUAACUGAGCAAAAAAAAUAAUGAAUAUUACAUUACUAAUGAAUGAAACAGACUCUGUCCAAUGUCAUUCGGUAAAUGUAAUCUCUGAUAGUAUAGAUGAUUAUACAAAUUUAUCAAAUGUACAGUAUAUACAUAAACAUAAUACCAGUAAUAAUUCUAGUAAUAAUAAUACUAGUAGCACAAUUAAUAAUCACAAUAUGCUUAUCACUAAUCACAAAAGCAAUUCAAACAGUAAUACCAAUGAACUAUCAACUACAGAUUGUACUAAUUUAGCAGAUAAUUUGGUAAGUUAAUUAACUGUUUAAUAUAUAAUGUAUAUUGUUAAACAAUUAUGUAUGCCUAAUCUUAUAAAGAUUAGUAUUUGCUUACUAUUAUAUGUGGUAAAUGUUGUGAAGCAUCGUUCAAAUAAUAAUAAUGUAUGGAAUACCAGUAGGGUAUACGUCGUGUUCAAUCAAGAUGUCAAAUUAUCUAUUUAACUCGAAAUGACAUAAUCUACUAUUAUAUAAAAUAUGAAUUCCAAAAAUUCGUAUGAUUUUUUAAUGUUUAUUUUCGAAUGAGUUAGAACUCAUCUUAUAAAUAUGUUUACUUGUCUGCAUACACUAAUGUACUAUAAGUUUUUAGCAACUUUAGGAGCAUUAUUUAACGCUCAAUGGUUUCAAAAUGUGUAUAUAAAAGUAUACGUAUUAUAUCACAAGUGUAAAAUGAUUCGUGGCUAAUAUCAAGUAGACGUAUAUCGAACAAAAUUUUCAAAAUUUCCUGACAGUAAUUUUGAUCUAGAUAAGUCGAUAGUAAGUGAAUUCAAGGUUUAUCUACACUACCUAUUUAUAUUGACCAUAAAAUAUUUUUUACUCAGGUAAUAUGUAUAAACAAAAACGUAAUUAUAAGUCAUUAGACAGUAAUCCUAAGGUAUCAUCGUUUUCCUAUCCCAUCAAAAAUGAAAUAAUUCCGAGGAAUUAAGAAAGAUUUAUUGCUUUAGUUAGUGAUUUACAAAAUCGGUUAGAUAAGAAAUAUAAGUACCGGUAAAAAAUAAAUUUUGUAAGGGUUUUGAGAUAAUGAGUGUAGAUUAACACGCUAUCUGUUCAUUAAAUUAUGCUUGACGUUAUCAGAAUGAUUGAACGUGAACUAUUGUUGAUCCUAUAAUAAUAUAUAGUUAAUUUAAACAAGUAUAUCUAAUACUGAACUUGACUGAUUUGAUUUAUAGUUAAAGUUAUUAAGCUUUGACUAUUCAGUGGCACAUUCAAAUUCUACCUUAUCUACUACAGUUUGAGUAACUGUCUAUUCUCAAUAAUCCACAUAUGUAUUCAAUUGAUAUUUUUCAGAAUUUUAGGGAACCUAUACUUCUCGUCAUUAAAGCUUCAGCCAGCAUUAUAAGUAACUGAUGUAGAUUACUGUAAUCUACUCUAAACUACUUGCAUACAAUCCACUUAUUGGGUGAUUAUUUUCAACUGAAGACUAUCAGUAGUUUUUUACGUAGUUAUUGGUCACCAAUCUAAAGUUAACAAUCAUGACUUACAAAGUUAUUUGCUGAUAUUUUUUUUCUGGUUUUGAAUCACUGAUUCCUAAUGAAACUUAACUGGGAAAAACUAACUAGGCAAUUAGUAAUAAAUAUUCAUUCGCAUUUAUUGUCUAAUUGUCAUGUGGGACACCUUAAUCGAUUGCCUAUUUAUGUAUAGAAUUCUAGUUCAAACUGUACUUCACCGAAUGGUUCAACACUUACCAUGUAUGGUACACAACAUCGUUUUAAAAUCAGCCCAAAUACAUAUCACGAUCUGGAAAACGGAAACAGUUUGACUACUGCAAGUAUUGGUCCUCGUCCGGAUACAGAUCUUGAUUCAGCAUUCCCACCGAAAAAGCUAUACACUGACGAUAUACCUGUUCUAGAAUCAUUUCCUGGUUUUUACGGUUUCGAUCUUUAUCGACCAUUAUGUGGUGAUACUUAUGAAGCAAGUGAAACAAAACCGAGUACUGCAUUUUUUUAUUUUAAAGAUGAACAAGGAUGGACAAAUUUGUAUGCGAAGAAAACACCUACAUGGUGGACAUUAUCCUAUUGGUGUCAACGUAAACCCCCAGAAGGUUCAUUCAUUCGUUUAACACCAGUUUAUGGGGCAUCAGACAAACAACAGGAAGUAAUCCAGAGAUGUUUUGAAGAUUUUAUGGCGAUUCCAACCACUGGAAUGGGUCGUUACAGUAUAGUAAUGGUUGGUAAUUCAUUAGCUGAAUACUUUUUUGAUCCAAUAACAGAACGAUUAUGCGUUACUUUACCAUAUGAAACACCUAAAGAAGGAUGUGAAUAUAGUCAGUUCAAUGGAAAAUUUAUGUGUUUCAAUAGUUGUCUAUAUAAUGGUGGUCAAGGGAACAAGAAACCACUCUUCUUAAUCAUAACUUUAGAACGUUUAAUAACUGGGUCUGAUCCAAGUAAGGGACAUUGUGAAGUACUUGGACGUCAGUGCAUCAAAUUUCGUAGUUGCGCAUGUCCUAAACGAGAUAAAGAGAAUAACGAAAGACGUACUGGAGAUUCCUUAGUAAUUGGUACUCCUUCAUUAGGUAAACGCAGGAAGGAAUCAAAUGAUCGUAAUGAUCGACAAGUCAAACGGAUACGCUCAAAUCAAAGACCAUCAUCAGUAUGUAAUAUAAAUAAUAUAACUAAUGCCAACAUUCAAAAUAAUAAUGGGGUAAAUUAUGAAAAAGAUACCAAUCUGUUACGUGAACAUAACUGGUUAUCACCAAAUAAUGAAUAUUUAAUAAAUGAUGAGAAGUGUCCAAGUGAACCGAAUGGAUUUGACGACAUAUUUGAUUAUUAUGGACAAGAAAAUGAUUAUGAUGGUUAUGGACAGAAUACAAUUCAUUUCAAUGGAGAAUCAUACAAUCUCUUAUUAGUUCCGACAAAUUUACCUGGGGCUGUCGAAACAUUAUCGAGUGUACGUUAUGGUUUGUUACGUGCAUGGAUAUAUGCACUAGCUAAACAUCAUUAUCAUCAUCAUAAUCAACAAUAUCACAUGAUAAUGAAACAAUCACCCUUAACAAAUGAUUUAAACAACAGAAAAGAAACCAAAAGUGACACUAACAUUAAUAAUCAUACCUCAUCAUUAAACAUUACAAAUAACGUGAAUACUAAUAUGAUGGUAGGUAAAAAUACUACAGAAAAACGAUCAGAUACUUCAGAGAGUCGAUACUACCCUACAGUAUCUGGAAAUUAUUCACACUCGUAUAAUCGUGCCGUAAUUGGAAGCACUCUGAAUCAUUGGCUUAAAACGGAGUCACACCUAGCUGCUCUAGUACGUGAAAGGAUUAAUUUAUUGAACAUGUAUCAACAAACUUAUCACUUUAGCGGUGAUUCUACUGAUUCACAGCCGAAUUCUACGUUAUCUACUGGUGCUAUGGGAUUUAACGGUACAGGAAAUCUAGAUGAACCAGUUAAUAUAUUAAAUCAAGACUACUUUAAUUCAUCUAAUAUGAAUGGAUCAGUAGGUAGUGAAUUGAUGAAUUCAAAUUUACCACGUAAUUUGUCUAAUCAUCAAACAAAUAUAAUGCAAAAUAUGGCUGCGUAUAUUUUAUCAUCUACUAGUACAAAUACUACUACAUCUACUACUACAACUGCUACGUCUAUAAAUAAUAUCGGUAAUCGUGGGUUCAUUUAUAAUACACCAAAUGCUGUUGAUACAAAUUGGUCAUAUGAAACAGAUUCUGAUUUAAGAACUGGUCAAACAUCUCAUACGGAUCAGUUAUACGAAUCAACUCACCACGGAUUGAUCAUAGGCAAUAACAAUAAUAGUAGUACUCUACAUGUUGUAUCAGAAUUAAUUGAUCCUUAUGCACUAGUUCAACACUUACCUCAGUCACUUUCAUCAUCAUCACCAGUUCAUCAACAUCAUCACAUUCAUUCACACCAUAUACAUUCUGCACAUGUCCAAUCACAGCAUAAUCAUCAAAUUCAUCUUCAUCAAGGUAUGAAUAAUUCGACUUCUAUAUCUGAUACAAAUGAUAAUCAUUCAUCAGCAUUUACAACAACUGCAUUAAUUUCUGAUAAUACAAUGAACAAUAAAUCAUUAACGCUUAAUACAUGUCUCCUUCCUCAAAUAACACCAACGACAACGACAACAGUAACGGAUACAGGAACAAUAGGGACAACAAAUUUUGGUCAUGAUUUUAAUACAUCAAAUUUUUAUACUACAGCCUACUUUAAUCUUACUAAUUCCAAUGCUAAUGCUGAUAAUAAUAGUAAUGGAAGUAAUAAUAAUGUUAUAGACUGUACUAAUGCUAACCAAUCAAAUGAUAUGACAAAUCAAAAUUCCACUUUAAUUGACUCAUUAUCACGACCUAGUAUACCAUCGAAUUUAAAUCAUCGAAGUAUGUCACAAAAUUCCACAUUAUGUAACUAUCAGUUAACAAAUCAUACGAAUUUAUCUGAAUCACUUUUAUUAUCAGAAGAAUUGUUACAUAAUUGUCUGGACAAUAAAAAGAAAUGUUAUGAUGAACCAGAUGGUGUUCACUCUAUACUAACUAAGCAUUUAAGAAAUACAUCAUUUUGUUUAUCAUCUACACGAUCCCCUGAAUCAUGUGGAGCUGAAAAAUUUGUUAAAUUAGAAAUCUAGAGAGAGAAAAAAGUUUUCAAAUGAAAUAAUACUGACAUAUAUUGGUUACUUUAUUAUUCAUUCAAAUUAUCAUAUAAAGUCAAUAUAAACUUUAAUUCAGUCUAAUCAAACGAUUUGAUAUUUAUCCAGUCAUUAUUUACUUGGUCUAAUCAUGUCAAUGAGACUGUUCUUUUUUUCUUUCC